CGGCGACGCUCACGUACCGGGUGGCUGGCGGCAGCCACCGCGGCCACUUCCCUCGGGGCUCUCUCGGAUGCAGCCAGCGACCUGGGGAAGGGGCUUCUCUGAGGCCCGAAAGGGUUCGGGUCUCAUCUGCCAACCCCGCUAUGGCUGUGGACAUUGAAUACAGGUACAACUGCAUGGCUCCCUCCUUGCGCCGAGAGCGCUUCGCCUUCAAGAUCUCGCCACAACCCAGCAAGCCUCUGAGGCCGUGCAUCCAGCUGGCCAGCAAGAAAGAAGCCAGCGGCACGGUGGCCCCGGCUGUGCAGAACAAGGUGAAAAAACGGGUGUCCUUCGCGGACAAGCAAGGGUUGGCCCUGACAAUGGUUAAAGUGUUCUCCGAAUUUGAUGACCCGUUAGAUAUUCCCUUUAACAUCGCCGAUCUUCUGGACGAGGUCGUGAGUCUGACGACAGCCGAGAGCGACAGCUUUGUGUUGGACUUCACCCAGCCGUCUGCGGAUUACCUCGACUUUAGAAACCGACUCCAGGCCAACCAGGUGUGCCUGGAGAACUGCGUGCUGAAGGACAGAGCCAUCGCGGGCACAGUCAAAGUGCAGAACCUCGCCUUCGAGAAGGUGGUAAAAGUCAGGAUGACGUUUGACACGUGGAAGAGCUUCACAGACUUCCCCUGUCACUAUGUCAAGGACACCUACGCUGGCUCGGACAGGGACACCUUCUCCUUCGACAUCAGCUUGCCUGAGAAAAUCCAGUCCUAUGAGAGGAUGGAGUUUGCUGUGUGCUACGAGUGCAAUGGCCAAGUAUAUUGGGACAGCAACAAAGGCAAGAACUAUAGGAUCAUCCGGGCUGAACUAAAAUCUGCUCAGGGACCCUGCGAGCCACAGAAUGGACCGGACUUUGGGAUAGCUUUUGACCAGUUUGGAAGCCCUCGGUGUUCCUAUGGGCUGUUCCCGGAGUGGCCUAGUUAUCUAGGAUAUGAAAAGCUAGGACCCUACUACUAACGAGGUUGGUGAUGGAGCCCAGCUGUGGUCAAGGUGAAAUGGAGAUAGAGACCAAAAGAAGCACCUCGUGGAACUGCCAUUUAGGCAUGGUUUUGCAAAGAAAGGAUCCUGUUCACUCUUUUUCUUGAGCUAGCAAUUCCAGCCAAGUUUAGAUCAGGGAACCGGUUUUGCACCCAGAGAAGACAGCGUGCUGGUCCCGUGUGGCACCCACAAGGCUGGUGCCAGGAGUCAGACAAGAGCCAGGUCUGCAGGCAGGGCUGGCGGGGCCGGAGGAGCCUGGGCUGUGUUCUCCACUUGGAUGUGGCAAAUCGCUCCCCAACCCUCUACACCAAAACAUUGCUUGGUCCCCAGUGCACCCUCCCAGAAGCCCCUCCUGGGGAGUUCUCUGCCAGCCAGGCCUCUUCUGCAUGAUGCUGCUAUUCCCCCACUCCUUAUCUCUGCACUCUCGUCCACAGAGCCUGAUGGUGCAAAUUUCUAACACAGCCAUAGCCACAGACAGGAUCUGUUCCUGCUGGUGCAAGUUCGUUUGCUGCAGUUUCAUUUCAUUCCACAGUUUGUUCAGUGUUCAGGAAAGAAUCCAAAAGGUGAUUAGCCUGUGAUUGUGGCAGGCAUUUCGUCUGCCCUCCUCCUAAUCGCGCGCCAUCCGUCCUUUCCCCUCAACACAUAGAGCAGUGCACCCGUUGUAAAACUGGCUCCUAUGGGGCAUUCCCGGAUUACAGGGUCACGGCAAAGCAGGACAGUCACUUUUUGCUUCUCCUUUUUUUGGCUUUUGGGAGAACUUUCUUUUUUCUUUUAAGAUUUAUUUUUUAUUA